GGUCACAGGUAACCGUGACGUCACAAUGAUAACAAGGGUUGUCUACUCAGAGCAUAGAUAACUGGAUAGAAUAGUGUCAGAGGACACCGCUCGCUGUUCUUGUGGGUCACCUGGGCGUGUGUGGUCGAAGAAAAUUUGAGCUGGACUAAGUUACUGAAGUAAAAGAGCAGCCCACAGACGUUGUUUACAUAAAGUGCUUGUCAUUUUGUACCACUGACCACCAUGACAUCGCCCCUAAUUGGCUACUGGAAGCUAGAGUCCAACGGUAACAACUGGGACGAGUACUUGAAGACUGCAGGAGUUGGUAUUGUCCUGCGCAAAGUGGGCAACACCAUCACCAGCUACGAGGAAAUAAGUGUGGACGGCGACGAGUGGACAAUAGCAAUCACAUCGAGUUUCAAAAACAGCCUUCUCAAGUUUAAGCUGGACCAAGAAUUUCCAGAAGAGACGAUGGACGGCAGGAAAGUCUCGUCGGUGAUGACGUUAGACGGAGACAAACUUGUGCACAAGCAGAGGGCUUUGAAAAAUGGUGAAAUAGACAGUUUGAUCAUACGUGAGGUGAAGGAUGGACGCUUGAAUGUGACAUUCGUUGCGGAGGGAAAGAACGUUAGCGCAACUCGUACAUUUUUGCCUCACAAGAAGUGAUAAUCAUGCACGAGAAACGGUCUGUCGAUAGCAACUACAAUUUGAAAAUUUGUAACACGUUAAUAAAACAAUUCAAAAUGCA